ACUCCCGUUCCAUGUUCAGUCAUUCAGAGAGGGUCUCUUGGAUUUUAUUCAUUUCUUGGGAUUGCAAGGGACCAUAUUAGUUGCUGGAGCAGAUGAUGAUGACUUCAUUCCGUUAUCAGCAUGCAAGCCGGAUGGAUCUCGUGAACGGUGCGAGGAGCGCUGAAAAUUGCGGAGAAUGGAAGAUGCUGAUUCAAAAGCGGCUGACUCAUGGAAUGGAGAGUGCAAACAACUUUGGUUCAACUAUGCAUACCAGCAUUGCAUGGGCAGAGACCGGCCUUUGGCGUGCCAAACCAGAUCCACCUAAAGACCCAAGUCACCAACCUUCGCCAAGUCUGUACUUCGGGUUUCCGAUUCGCAAAAUCGACGGAGCCGACCAAAAAAUAGCCAAAGGCUUCCAAAAGGACUCAUCAUUUAACAAUUACACUCUGACAAAUUUUGCUAAGCUCACAAUGAACGGUCUUCAGUGUGUUCCGUUCGCUCGACUUCCACUUGUUGCGGGGGAUCCAUUAGUGUGCUUUCCUUGGGCUAUAGUCCAAGUACUUGGCACGUUUACCUCCGACAAGCCAAACGAUGCUUCCUUUACAGACACGGUUUCUGAGGCCUCUGCCGCUGCAUCAAUAGCACUCUCGAUGUUCGAAAGGUUGGCAAAAUUCGCGGAUGAGAAGCAAGAUGGUCAACACAUCCCACCUGUUGUCGUCAUCACGUCGGUUGGAGCAAAGACGAUAGUGUGGCUUGCUUACUGCGAGAUUGUCGAUGAUCGACUGCGAGACCAUAAAAUGAUAAGAAUUUGGGAGGGCAACAUCACCAAGAUCUGGGAUGCAGUUCAAUUCUGCCGUAUCAUAGACAAUCUCUUUUUCUGGGCUCAGCAUUGUUUGAAGCCCAUGGUGACGCAGUAUCUAAAUCAAUGGAGGUGUCGUUAUUGCCCCAACGUCCCGAACAUGCAGUCCCAACUCGAAAAGAAUUCAAAUACCGCGGAGCUGGUCCAUCGGAUUCAAGAUCGCUUGAGCUCCUUGGGAAUAUCCCCGGGCGGAGAUCUACCAGCACUCAUUCAGCAAGCUGUGGUGCUCCAGGAAGUAAUGAGAUCGAGCGACAAAGAGCCAAAAGUGGACUCAACAUUGAAAGACGAAAAGGAGCUUUCUGAAACUGCUACAGAAACACAUCCCAAGGACAGCAAUUUUAAUUCCAAGUCAUCUCGUUUACCGAAUGCUCGAGAAGGUAAAGGAGAUGACUUGGAAUUAAAAUUGCUGUCCUUGGGAUUUGUACCCGAACAACUGUUAUCAGGAAAGUGCGUCGAGGCCAACAUUCCCCUUGUCAGCGAUCUCGAGCAUUAUGACCUUCACCCCGACAAAGCUGAGAGAGGUAGUGCCGAGCCUUCUGUGCUGUGUAAUAAGAACACACUUCAACCCAAGUUACCUCUCAAGCAUGAAACGUCUGUAAUCGUCGUCCCGAUCAAGGACAAAGAAUCUGACCGUCAGAAUUCAAAAGUACCUGAGGGUACAAAAGCUACCUCUGCCAAUCUCACUUUUGAUGAGCCUGUUUCGAUCUCCGAAUCACUUGUUCUUUCAGCUGCGGAUGAGAACUGCGGGAACAAUUCUUCAUUAUCCAACCCACCUCAGCCAGCCAAGGGAAAAUUUCUAGGUUCUGAUGUGAGAGAGAACUCAUUACUUGAUCCAUCGAAAGACUUGGGCCACACCAGUCCCAACCUUGUACAAAGAACCCUUUUCUCCAUGGCUUCAAGUGUAGUGAAUGGGCAUGUACUGUCCUUAAAGAAACAGCGACAACGAAAAAGCGACCUCAAAGUUGAAGAGAAACAGAAGCUCAACAUAAACCUUUGGUCACCUUCGGACAACUCAAUAUCAACUAAGGCCUUAGGCAAGCGAUCCAAUGCUAUUGGUCCACCCUCAGCUCCGUCCAGCCCCUUUGUCUCAGAAACUUUUAGGCUGAGCUUCGAGGUAAGGCAAUGGUUAGACUCGGACCGGGAGGAACAGGACAACUCAAGCAUGGACAAGAGAUGCCGCCAUGGACCGUACCCUAAUCUUCACAUUUGGCUCCUUGAGCAUGACGUGUAUCGGCUCACACCAGCUAGGCGCAUCUGGCUUCAGAAGAAGAUGAUGUCUGAACAACAACCGGCAAUUAUAGAGCCUCUGCCACCGCCGCCUAGCUUGAGUGUUAAGAUUCCUUGGAGAGGAAAAAAUAUCAUCGUGAGACUGCCACCUGCUAACUCAUUUUCGGCGUCUACCGAGAAAAAAUAAAUUACCUGAAAGGAGGGACAAUAUCGAAAUGAGUUGUUUUUCAUCACCUGGCAGGCCUUGCCUUGUAGUUCUAUAUUUUUCUCCAAGCUCCCCUUGAUUCUCUAUGAAACUGAGCUUGCAUCAAAACAAUGAUCUUCUUUUAUCUUUCCCAGAGCUCUAAAUCCAAAUCUUACAAGUCAAAGCUCAGAUAUCGCCCUGUCAUACC